CGUUGUACACAACAAAGCCAAAAUCUUACAUUUUUCAGCUGCAAUCCAUGUCAUAUUAUUUUUGGCAACACUUUUCCUUCAGACACCUACAUUUGUUUUCGUUUGUUCGUGUUGUUCUGUUCUAGUUCGACAGUCGUUUUGUGUAUCUCGGUGCCGAUAAGCUUUCCUUAAACAUAUUAAUCUACAAUGGGAGUACCUGCUGGCGAUGUUGAAAAGGGCAAAAAAAUUUUUGUCCAGCGUUGCGCCCAAUGCCACACUGUGGAAGCUGGAGGAAAACAUAAGGUGGGUCCAAAUUUGCAUGGUCUAUUUGGUCGCAAGACCGGCCAGGCUGCUGGUUUCGCCUACACAGAUGCCAACAAAGCCAAGGGCAUUACAUGGAACGAAGACACCUUGUUUGAGUAUCUAGAAAACCCAAAGAAAUAUAUCCCAGGCACAAAGAUGAUAUUUGCCGGUCUAAAGAAACCCAAUGAACGCGGAGAUCUCAUUGCUUAUCUUAAAUCUGCCACCAAGUAAACGUAGGCUGAAAUUACUACAACUAACACUACCAACUUAUCCACCUGUGACAUCAAUCAUACCAGAAUUCAAUUUACCACAAGCACGAUGUAUUUAAGAUCUUGGCUCCUAUAUUCGAAAUGGACAAAUCUUGUACGGCUUAUAUGUUCUUAGUGGAAAUUUGUCAUCUUGCAAACAAAUACGCAUGGAUACAAGAAACCAAGUAUUUGAAUCCUACCACCAUAUUUAAAUUUUAAUAUAAUAGUAAAUGUAAAAAAAACUAAGACGUCAAUAAAUUAUACAAAAUAAACUAACACUAUAAAGUUUCAAGUA